AUGAAGAACAAUGUCUUUUCUGUGAUCUUCCUCCUCUCCUUCCUCUUCUGCCUUGCAUUCAACAUAAACGAGGCAGCUGUUCCAUGCGCCACGGUUGAUGCAAAGGCAGCUGCCUGUUUGGGGUUUGCCACUGGCAAAGCCAAUACGCCAACUCCUGCUUGCUGCGCUGGGCUGCAAGAACUUGCCAGAACUGUUAAAACAGUUGAUGAUAAGAAGGCUAUUUGCAAGUGCUUGAAGGCUGCGGGAGGCUCUUUGGGUAUAAAAGACCAGUACUUGAGCAGGAUUCCUGGAGCUUGCAACAUCAAAGUUGGAUUCCCUGUCUCUACCAGCGUCAACUGUGAUGCGAUUCACUAG